UGUGCAGUAUUAGUUUUUUCUUUAGUUUCAUUUUGGUUUGUAUAAGUAGUUCAUGUGUGACACCUUGUGGUGAAAAUCGUUAUUACAAUACUCAGUAGAACGCAACAGGAAGCUCGUAAAACAGUAGAAGAAGAGUCGUUUUCUGUGAUCUGCGUUUUAGAUGCUGUCUAAUCCUUGGAGUAGAUACGACCUUUUACAGUAAAGUAAAGUGCAUCACAUAAGCACAACGAAGAACGUGUGAUGAAGCUUUAUUCCUGUUAGCUAUCUGUCAGUCUUUGGUUUAGAACACCAUUGCCAGGGCAGAAUAGUAAAAGGUCGACUGCACAGCGGGUGAAGACAAACAAUCAGGAUUCCGUCCAGCUUACAUGUAAUACUACAUUAUCAAGAUGGAUGAGUCACAGCCUCGCGAGAAACAAGAGGAAGUUGACCAACCUUUAGAAACAAGAUCACGGUCAAGCAGAUCACGUCGUUCGAGUAGAUCUUCGGCUAGUGCAGCUGCGACCACAGCAAGAGCUAAAGCAGCCGCAUGCAAAGUAAAGGCCUCUUAUGCCGAAAAGGAAGCCAUCAUGAUGAGAGAAAGAGCUCAAAUUGAAGAGCAUCAACAGAAAGCACUAGCUGAGACAGCUCGCAGAAAAGCAGAAGUUGAAGCUGAUUUAUACGUGUUACAACUGCAAAAAGAAGCUGUAGCAGCAUCUACAGAGGCAGAAGUUUAUGAAGCUGCAGUUUAUGAAGAAGACGGAGCAAGUGUCGAUCUAGAAAAAGAAUCAUGCAUCUCAAGUAGAAUUGAACGCACAGAAGAGUAUGUGCAGAAACAUUCUCAGCAAAGAAAUUCUCCUAAUUUGACUCCUAAUUCACAACAUGAAAGUGAGGGUUCAAGUUAUGUGACACAGAGUUAUGUAGCAGGCUCACUGAGUUCUCUCCCUCCAACAGUGAAGGAGGAAUUGAAUGCAGAGACAAUUCCUAUGAAGCAGGAACAGACAACUCGGCACAACUUCCAGUGUUCUCGUUCGAAUGUAAAAGUUGAUCCAUAUGAUGGAGCUGAUGAAGUAAAGCAUCAAAAAUAUCCAGUACGAAAGCAACGUGACUCCUGCCUGCCCUCUCAAGUUCCUGCUGAGUGCUUUACUCCAGCACCAUCAUCACCUCAUGCAAACGACUUUACUACAUAUUUGCUGAAGAAAGAAAUGGUGAGUUCUGGCUUGUUCCAAUUUGAUGACUGUCCAGAAAAUUACUGGGCGUGGAAAACGUCUUUUCGAGCUGUAACCAGUGAACUCAAUAUAGCUAGUAGAGAGGAGAUAGAUCUUCUUGUCAAAUGGCUUGGUCCUGAUUCAUCCAGUCAUGCCAAACGAAUCAAAUCAGUUCAUGUCAGUGAUCCUGCCUUAGGAGUUCGUAUGAUAUGGCGUCGCCUGGAGGACUGCUAUGGGUGUCCAGAGGUCAUCGAGCAGGCGAUGUUAAAGAGACUUGACACUUUUCCUCGCAUCACAAUCAAAGACAACCAUCGUCUGAGAGAUCUUGGGGACUUGCUACUCGAGCUGCAGUCAGCAAAAGAAAGUGGUCGUUUACCUGGUCUUGCUUACCUUGACACAGCGCGGGGAGUCAACCCCAUCAUUGAAAAACUCCCAUUCAGUCUUCAAGAUAAGUGGAUUACGCAAGGUUCUAGGUACAAAGAAGACCAUAAUGUAUACUUUCCUCCUUUCAGCUUCUUUGUUGAAUUUGUUUGUAGACAAGCAAGAACUAGAAAUGACCCUAGUUUUGCUCUUGCUUCAACUGGCUACUCAAACAAUACAAAAUCAGACGGAGCUGCCAAGUUGAGUAACAGAACUUCUGUCUUCGUCAAGAAAACUGAAAUAAUGGCUGCGCAACCAAACCAAGACAGAAACUUAGACAAGAAUGUAGAUCCAGACAAGUUUUGUACCAUACACAAUAAACCUCAUCCACUUUACAAGUGUCGCACAUUCAGGAGCAAACACCUAGAUGAACGAAAAGCACAUUUGAAGGAAAAGUUUAUCUGUUUUAGAUGUUGUGCUUCCACUAAGCAUGUUGCAAGAGACUGCAGAGCAUCUGUUAAGUGCAGAGAAUGCAACAGUGACCGACACAUUGCAGCCAUGCAUCCGGGUCCUGCCCCGUGGUCCAUUGAGGUGUCUGUAUCAACUGCAGAUCAAAACAUGGAAAAAACAGAUGAAGACACUGCUGAGGUAAACAACAAGUGCACUGAGAUUUGUGGAGAUGCUAGUAGGCCCAAGUCAUGUUCAAAGAUUUGUCUCGUAAAUGUUUAUCCCUCUAAUCAACGUGAAAGAGUCAAACGCAUUUAUGCUGUACUGGAUGAACAGAGUAAUAGAUCAUUAGUGAAGUCACAGUUCUUUGAUCUGUUCAACAUCGUUAGCAGUUCUUCCCCCUAUACAUUGAAGACGUGUUCAGGUAUAGUGACUACGGCGGGGAGGAAAGUAAAUGGAUUCUCUGUCGAAUCGCUUGAUGGGAAAACAGUAGUUGCUCUUCCACCUUUGAUAGAGUGUAACACUUUACCAGAUGACAGAUCCGAGAUUCCCACGCCGGAGAUAGCUAUGUGUUUCCCCCACCUCACUGCUGUGUCAGAUAAAAUUCCUCCUUUAGACUCUUGUGCUCCUAUCCUUCUCCUCUUGGGUCGAGAUAUUCUUAGUGUGCACAAAGUGCGUGAACAACGAAAUGGACCCCUCAACACACCAUACGCACAGCGCUUAGACCUGGGCUGGGUGAUAGUGGGAGAAGUUUGCCUGAAUGGGACUCAUUGUCAGUCCAGCGUGAACGCUUAUAAGACCAACAUACUUCCAAAUGGGCGAACGUCAUUCUUCUCUCCAUGCACAAAAGGUUUCAAUGUCGUAGAGCGGGGUGAGUCACCUUUUUUGUCAUAUCUACCCGACCCACCAUGUUCUCUCAAGUGUUCAAAAACCAGUGAGAGCUAUACAACUGGCUUAAAAGAGAAUGUUCUUCAGAUCUUCAGAGGAUGAUAAAUCCGCUUUAUCUGUAGAGGAUAG